CUAACUUGUGUAAACAAACGUUGAACAACGUGUUUGAUUUGAGCUGACAAGGCCAAUAUUCUCUUGCACGCUGCGCAGCUCAACGUACGUUCAACGAGUCUUGAGCAACAUUGAUUUUGUACUUUGUCGUGUCACUGAGGCUACUCGAAACCAAUCUGAAGGCUCCCAAAGGUGUGUUCUUUCAUUUACUAUGUGGCUACUAAGCACAUGUCAUUGUAGUUAGCCUAUGAACGCAGAACACUGGUGUUGCUGUCGGAAAUAUUGUCAUGGACAGCGGAAGUGUCUGAAGUCCCUCAGGACAUGGCAAAGACACCUGCAAGAGGCUGAUGAGGAUGAGAAGCCUCGAGUGCGAGCUGCACGGCUCUCUCGGUCAUUUCAAAACUUUGUUGCUACUACUAUGAACAAUGCACCAGCUGCAGGACCAUCUCUCAUGCAACCUCCCAUUGCCUCCGGUUCGGGACGUACACCCUCUUCCACUACAUCUUCCAGUAGCAGUGAUGACGACAGGCCUUCACGCAAGCGCAGAUGUGGAUCAGGAGAACUGUUUGUUAAUGAUGUCAAUCUUCCGCAUCCCCCAGGCAGUCCAGACAAUGAUCAAUACAUACCAGAGCCAGACUUUGAUGCCUUGCCCCGAGAUCUUGAAGGUCCCGAUCAAGAUCAGCGUGACGAGACACCACCUGCAGCACAUUGGCAUAAUCCAUUGAAAGAUCUUGACCUAGAUCAGUUGGGUCGUGAUGUGAAACGUUUUGAACUUCAGCGAGAUAUGCAAUUUAUUCUCGCGCUGCAUAAUGCUACUCUCGACGACGGUGCUGGACUUAUCGGAGAUGCAUUGGAGCGUUUGCGAAACCCACCACAAGCACAAGCACGGCUAGAUGAUUCUGACAUUGAACAUUGUUGGUCGAUUUCCGUCGUUCUCCCAGGCACCCGGCAUCCAUCAACAUUCGCAAAUAACACGCACUCCGUUCCGUUGAUCAUCGAAAGAGCGCUCCAUGCAGGAGCAAUCAUCACGAGCGGCCUAGCUUAUACCCGUAAUAGCUGCUUUCUGAUGGCUUGUGAAUCUAAUGAGUAUGCACAGGCUCUCCUUGCACUUGCAUGUUCACAGCCGUCCGUCUCACCAACUCUGCAUAUGACCAGCGCCUCAUUCAUGCCACCACCACAUGCCUAUAGCAGGCAGCACAUGUGGGGAGAUCUGUCAUAUGCUACUCCACAACACCAGCCACUGGCACACUCUGUGACCGUCAACAGCGCUACAGGAGCCAGUGUUUGGGGUAGGGAUGACCAUAAUAUGCUGCAGACGAUUGAUAUUCAAGAGCUGCCAUGA